AUGAAGAUCGCCAUCCUCCUCGCCGUCGCCGCGACCGCCUUCGCCGACCACCUCAAGACUGAAGUGACCAACGCCGUCGAGUGCAACCGCAAGACCAAGGCCGGCGACAAGAUCAACGUGCACUACCGCGGCACCCUCGAGAAGGACGGCAGCGAGUUCGACGCCUCGUACAACCGCGGGCAGCCGCUGAGCUUCACCGUGGGCGUGGGCCAGGUCAUCAAGGGAUGGGACCAGGGCCUGCUGGAUAUGUGCCCUGGCGAGAAGCGCAAGCUGACCAUCCAGCCCGAGUGGGCGUACGGCGAGCGCGGCGCCGGGCCCAUCCCCGCCGGCAGUGUGCUGAUCUUCGAGACGGAGCUGGUAUCCAUCGACGGCGUGACCAAGGACGAGUUGUAG